AUGCCUGAUUUUCAAGUCUUGCUCAUAUGUUUGUUCUCCACCAUCGUUCUUGCAACCGUACUAGGGAGAAAACAAAACAGAAAGUCCCUCCUUCCACCGAGUCCCCUUGCCCUACCCAUCAUUGGACACCUUCACCUUCUCUCCCCAACACCUCAUCAAGAUUUUCACAAACUCUCAAUCCACUAUGGACCCAUAAUACACCUUUUCCUUGGCUCAGUCCCUUGUGUUGUAGCUUCCACAGCAGAAGCCGCCAAAGAGUUCCUUAAAGCCCACGAAACCUCCUUCUCCAACCGCCCCGCUCACACCGUUGCCGUUGAGGCAUUAACCUACGGUUUCCAAGACUUCUUGUUUGCACCCUAUGGACCCUUUUGGAAGUUCUUGAAGAAACUGUGCAUGUCUGAACUUCUCGGUGGCCACAUGGUCGACCAGUUCCUUCCCGUGAGGCAACAAGAGACAAAGAGAUUCAUCAAACUUGGGUACCAAAAAGGGUUAGCUGGUGAGGCUGUGGAUUUUGGAGGAGAGUUCAUAACACUUUCAAACAACGUCGUGUCGAGAAUGACCCUGAGUCAAAUGAGUUCUGAAAAUGAGGACGAAGUUAAAGAGAUGAGGAAGCUGGUGGCUGAUACCGCUGAGCUUGUAGGGAAGUUCAACAUAUCUGACUUCAUUUGGUUCUUAAAGAGUUUUGAUUUGCAGGGUUUCAACAAGAGGUUAAGGGAAAUUCAGAUCAGGUUUGACACCAUAAUGGACGGAAUGAUAAAGAAGCGUGAAGAGGAAAGAAAGAACAAUAGGGAAAAUGGUGGAACGCAUGAAAUUAAGGACAUGCUUGAUGUGUUAUUAGAAAUACACGAAGAUGAGAGUUCUGAAAUUAGAUUGACCAAAGAGAACAUUAAGGCCUUUAUCCUGGAUAUAUUUGUUGCUGGGACUGACACGUCAGCUGUGACAAUGGAAUGGGGAAUGGCAGAGUUAAUAAACAAUCCACAUGUGUUGGAGAAAGCGAGGCAAGAGAUGGAUGCAGUGGUUGGAAAGAGUAGAAUAGUAGAAGAAUCAGAUAUUGUAAAUCUUCCUUAUCUACAAGCCAUAGUUAAAGAAACACUAAGACUUCACCCUGCAGGCCCAUUAAUUUUUAGGGAGUCAUCUAGAAGUGCUGUAGUUUGUGGUUAUAAUAUUGCAGCCAAGACUCGCUUGUUUAUCAAUGUUUGGGCAAUUGGUAGAGACCCCAAUCAUUGGAAGAACCCACUUGAGUUCAGGCCAGAGAGGUUUAUGAUUGAAGAGGGAAAUGGGCAGAGUCAAUUGGAUGUAAGAGGACAACACUAUCAUUUAAUUCCAUUUGGAAGUGGAAGAAGAGGGUGUCCUGGAACCUCUCUGGCGUUGCAGCUUGUGCACGUGAAUCUGGGUGCUAUGAUUCAGUGUUUCCAAUGGAAGGUUGAUGGUGGCAAUGGCAGGGUAGACAUGGAAGAGAAAUCUGGCAUCACUCUCCCGAGGGCUCACCCCAUAGUAUGUGUACCUGUUCCAAGACUCGACCCAUUUCCUUCUCUGUGA